GCAUAAGAACACCAGAGCGAAGAACACAGCGGGACAGCGGCUCAUAGCGGUGAAUGAGCAGACUGUGCUGCAUGGCGGUCAGCGCAAGCUUUUCGAAUGUGUUCAAGGAAUCGUUUUCUCAAAGCAAGUUUUCACACGAUGGAAAGCACUUGGCUGUACCGUACGGAGCGAAGGUUACCGUUUACAAGCAGAGCAUUGACUUGCCUGAAACAGCUGUGUUUGAAAACAAUGAUAAUGUUGACGUUAUCGAGUGGUCACCUGACUCAACGAUGAUUCUGUGUGUUAUACUGAAGCGAAAAGUCUUACAGAUCUGGUCAAUAGAAGAUCCUCAAUGGAGGUGCAAAAUAACUGAAGGCGUUAUGGGCCUCAGUUCUGCUCGCUGGAGCCCCGACAGUCGUCAUGUCCUGAGUUCUUCUGAUUUCCAGAUACGUGUUACAAUUUGGUCUCUGACAAGCAAAUCAAUUUCGUACUUGAAAUCUACGAAGCAGUUCAUUGAUUGCUUUGCGUUCAGCCCAAGCGGGACUGUACUGGCUGUAGCAGAAUAUAGGGAUUCGAAGGACUUCAUCAGUAUUAUAUCAUGCGAAGAAUGGGACCUUUGCAAGAACUUCGAAGUUGCAACGGAAGACAUGGGUGGUUUAGCAUGGUCACCAAAUGGAGACGUUCUGUGUGUUUGGGAAGCACCAAUUAUUUCUUUCAAAUUGUUCAUUUACGAUACCUCAGGCUCCAUGCUUGCAACCUACCAUGCAAAGUCUGAGCUCAUCGGCAUAAAGUCUGUAUCCUGGCAUCCUGAGGGACAGUUACUUCUUGUUGAAGGACAUUGCGACAAGUUUGUGGUGCUCGAUGCAAUCACGUGGGACAGCCUCUUUGAGUGGAGUGUGCCAGACGUCAUUGUAGAUGCAGACAUUACGGUAUACAGAUCUCCCAUAUUGCCAUCAAAGUCACAGAGUGAUGGACCAAAUCAGUACGACGUCAUUAGGAAACGGCCGUACAGUUUCACAAAUGUGACAAGAACAGUCGACAAACUCAAGAAAUUGUCGCGACCCACUAUUGUGAAAUUCAGCGCUACUGGAAAACACAUAGCUUGUACGAGCGGAGAGUUUCCAACAGUGGUCUUCGUAAUCGAAGUCGAAAGUGCACGGUGUGUAUCUCUAGUGAUCAAUGCAAGUGCAGUAACAUCACUCAAAUGGGCUGGUCAUGCGGAGUACCUUGCCAUUUGUACGGGCACGAAGGGUUUUCAUUUGUGGUCACCUUUAGGCUGCACUACCAUGCCGGUUUCAUGCAGAGUACCAUUUCAAGCGAAGUCAUGUUCGUGGAACCCCAACGGGAAAAGCCUCGUGCUUCACAGUCAAGAAAUGGGCAUCUUUGGUACAGUCACAUGAAGCAUACACGACUAUAAGGCCUUUGUAAUGUAAUGAAGACACGUUUUAGGAAUAUAAGCUUUUUAUUGUAA